AGAUUGGUUUUAUGUGAACGUGGGGUGCAUGUUGAAAUUUGUAUUUUUUUUAAUUAUUAUUUUAGUAUUAUGUUAGUUGAAAUUUGCUUAGGGGAGAAAGUGGGAAAUGAAUGGUCAAAAGAUGAGUUUCUAAUUAAAGGUCAAAGGUAGCUAAAGACUAGGGAAGACAGACAUGCACGCUUAGCCAAUUACAAAGGAACAUCAUUUGAUGGUUAUACAAAGAUACUCACUAAAUUGUGACAUUUAUAAAGUUAAACUCAUUUACAUUCACUUUGUUAAAGGUGUGAAAAAUACAAUAAAGAACGUUUCAACUGUUGAAUUAAGAAAAAAUAUAUAUUAAAGAUGUGAAGUAUACAAAAAAUAACCGUUUCAACUGUUAGAAGAAAAAUCGUAAUAUCUUGGAGGUACUAGGGCUGUUAUCGUUUCAGUCCGGUCCGGAUAUUUGUUAUCUCGAGAGCUGGACUGAAAUAGUAAUCGGAUAAAUCUGGACCGAACCAAAAUAGUUAUGGACUAUUUUUUUGGAUCGAAACUGGACUGUUACUUCGGAUAUCCGACAAAAAUAUUCAAUAAUAAUAUCUAUUUUUAGUAUCGGAUAAACCAUUAUCCAUUCUCGAACCGAGUAACAUUUCCAUAGGUCGAAUAACAUUCCUGAAACUAUAAAUUUUAAAAUGAUUGUUUAAAAAAUAGAAGGCAUAAAAUUAAAUUUGAAUUAAAAUUAGAAAUCCAUUCAACCUACCUUCUAUUCUAUUUAAAACCGGUUCUAUUUAUAAAAAAAAAAAAAAAAUUAAAUUCUUUAAAUAAUUAAUAUGCCUACCGAAUACAUUAGUUAUUCAAAAAAUCUAAAAAAUCAAUUUUCAUAAACUGGACAAGAAUUUACCAAUAUUAGCACCGUAUCAAUUAUAAUAAAUAAACAACAUUAGUCAAUAACAGAGUUUGACUGCAUUUCAUUUCACACAGGAACACUGAACCCUUAAACCCUAACUCUCUCCGUUGAGUCCAUCCACCACCGUCGCAAUGAAAUCCAUCGGCGUUCUAAUGACCAUCCCAAUGCCGAGCAACCUCGCCGAAAAACUCGCCACUCGUUUCAACCUCUUCAAACUCUGGAACCAUCCUUCCAUCGAAUCCUUCUCCCAAACGCACGCCGAUUCACUUCAUUCAGUUCGCGCACUCGUUUGCGACGCCAAAUCCGCCGCCGACGCAAAAACAAUUGACGCUCUUCCGAAUCUCGAGAUUGUUUCCACUUACAGCGUUGGAUUUGAUAAAAUUGAUAUCGGAAAAUGUAAAGAGAGAGGAAUUCGAGUUACGAAUACGCCGGAUGUGUUGACGGAUGAUGUUGCAGAUCUUGCUAUUGGACUUGCUUUGGCCGUGUUCAGGAAGAUUCCGAAUAGUGAUGGGUUUGUUAAGAAUGGGCUUUGGAAACAUUCUGAUUAUCCAUUAACUACUAAGUUUAGUGGUAAAAAAGUUGGAGUUGUUGGUUUGGGAAGAAUAGGUUCAGCAAUAGCAAAGAGAGCUGCAGCAUUUGGGUGUCCAAUUAGUUACCAUUCAAGAUCUCAAAAACCAGAGGCAGGAUCAUAUAAGUAUUAUCCUAACAUCCUUGAUUUGGCAGCUAACUCUCAAGUGCUUGUUGUCGCGUGUGCCCUUACCGAACAAACGCGACACAUUGUGAAUCGUGGAGUUAUUGAUGCAUUGGGUCCAAAAGGUGUUAUUGUCAACAUUGGACGUGGACCGAUUAUUGAUGAACCCGAGCUUGUGUCUGCUUUGGUUGAAGGACGGUUAGGUGGAGCGGGCCUUGAUGUGUUUGAGAGUGAGCCUAAUGUUCCGGAGGAGUUAUUGAGGCUUGAGAAUGUUGUGCUCACUCCUCAUGUAGGAAGUGAUACUGAAGAAACUUGCAAAGACAUGGCAGAUCUUGUGAUUGCAAACUUGGAGGCUCACUUUAGUGGCAAGCCACUUUUGACUCCUAUCUUGUGAUUUUAUUGAUUGAAUGUUAUUAUAUGUUGAAUAAUGGUAUGCCAAUGUUACAUAAUUUAUGGUGUUCUGGACAUUUCUUGGCUGAUGCUGAAAGCAUGAUUUUAUUCAAAUAAAGCUCGUCUUUCUUUGUUGUC